UCUUCGACUUCGUAGUUUCCAUCUCCGUCUCCUUCGUCCGCCAUCGAUUUCUAACCCUUUGUCACCGCCUCAAGUUUCCAUCUCCGUCUCCUUCGUCCGCCAUCGAUUUCUAACCCUUUGUCACCGCCUCAAGAAAAGUAAGACAUUUCUUGAACAAUCAUGGAGAAUUCUAGGAAUAGAAGAUGGAUGGAUUACAGUAGAGUCAGUAAAGAGUAUUUAGAUGGAGUAGAAAAUUUUCUAAACCAUGCAUUUCGUGAAAAACAUAAUGGAGGAACAAUUUCAUGCCCCUGUACAAAAUGUGUGCUCUACUAUCAAGUAAAUCGAGCAGUGGCAGAUGAUCAUCUCGUUGUUAAUGGUAUUAUGCCAUCAUAUAAUACUUGGUUUUGUCAUGGAGAGUCUCUCAAUCGAUCAACUAGUACUGAAGAAAAUAAUGACAGACAAGAAGCUUUAAGGAGCGCUGAUAUGAGAGAAAUGAUACAUGAUGUUUUUGGAAGCUUCAUCCAGUUCAAUGAUAAUAUUAGUGAAAGGGAAGAGAUAGCGCCAAAUGUAGAGGAAAAUGCUCCUCAUCCAUCAAGAUUUCAACCUCAUCCAGAGAUAGAUAAGUUUGAACAACUCAUGAGAGAUUCAAAUGAAGAACUUUACCCUGGGUGCAAAAAAUUCAGUAAACUAUCAUUUGUGCUUCAACUAUACCGUAUAAAACUAUUAUUCAAAUGGUCGAAUGAGUCUUUUAAUGCCUUGCUUGGUUUAUUGAAGGAUGCAUUACCUGAGGGUGAGAAGUUGCCUUCUUCAUUUUAUGAGAGUAAGAAGAUUAUUGAGGGCUUGGGGUUAAAUUACAAAAAGAUUCAUGUUUUUCCCAAUGAUUGCAUGCUUUUUAGGAAUGAGUUUGCUAAGAAGGAUGUCAAUGAAUGCUUAAUUUGUGGGACUUCUAGAUGGAAAAACAGUGUAAAACAGAUUCCAGCCAAGGUACUAAGGCACUUCCUCUAAAACCAAGACUACAGAGGUUAUUUAUGUCUUCAAAAAUAGCUAAAUUGAUGCGAUGGCAUCACGAAGAACGGAAUAAUGAUGGAGUUCUUCGACAUCCUGCAUAUUCUGAAGCUUGGAAAGCUUUUGACAUCAGACAUACAGAAUUUGCUAAAGAUCCUCGCAAUGUUCGGUCCAGAAGGUUCGAUAGCUGAAGCAUAUAUUGCGAAUGAGUGUCUGCAAUCUUGCUCACUAUAUAUGGAAGGUGGCAAUUCAAGGUCUUAUUGGUCUAGAAAAAAUAAAGAUGAUACUAAACAUGAGAUUGAUAAAGAAGGCUGUCUUUUUCCUACAAUUGGAAAAUCAUAUGGCUCUGUAGAAGUAAUUAAGUUGGAUCAGAAAACAUGGGUGCAAGCACAUCGAUAUGU